AUGUCGAAGAGCCAGAAAUUGAAUCCCAUGAUCAUUUCCGGGCUUCAUGUAAUCCUUUUUUUAAGGUUUCGGGGGGCGUACGAUGGUCCCGUGUUUCUGCGGUACCAUGAUAUUUGGCUAAAUCCUGCUACGCGAUCAGUCAUAACAGCGGAAAAAAAAAAGGUUCUCAAUGCGCUCCCAGGCAACUCAACAAAGAGAUACCUGGGAAUUUGGUACAAGAACAUCACGGUUCACACCGUGGUGUGGGUUGCUAAUAGGGAACAUCCCCUGAAUACUACAAAGGGGACUCUAGAGGUCAUCAAGCCAGGAUUUCUUGUUCUUCGCGCCUCGGCGAAUAAUACCAUAUGGUCCUCCAAUUAUUCCAUAACUGUACGCAACCCGGUGGCGAGAUUAUUAGAUAGCGGGAAUCUUAGCUUUGAUUAUCCAACUGAUACGUAUCUUCCAGGAAUGAAGCUGGGCCGGAAUUUUGUUACUGGUCGAGACGUUUAUAUUACGUCAUGGAAAAGUGCUGAUGAUCCAUCUCCAGGGGAAUUCACAUAUAGCCUGGAUUCUACCGGCUACCCACAGAAGAAGAUCAAAAAGGGGCUGAUAGGAAAUAACAUAUUUACCUUUGAAGUGGUGUACAACACGAUGGACAUGGGAACCUCAGAUUAUGCUCGAUGUGGUCCGAAUAUAUCCCUGGAUGAUUGCAAGAACUUGUGUUUCAAGGAUUGUACUUGUACGGCUUAUUCAAGCUUAGACGUGCGGAAUGGAGGGAGUGGAUGCUUGCUUUGCUAUCCAAAAGCAUCUUUGUAUGCGUCGCUUGAACCACAACUACCAACACCACCACGACCACCACCAGCACCAGCAAUCCCUGAUACACCUACAGCAGCCAAUGUUCAGCCUGAUGGAAAGAAAAAAAGAAGUAUACUCGUCUGGUUGUUGCCACUAUCAAUCCUUAUUCUGGUUCUGUUGGGGAUCGGCCUGAUAUUGUAUAAGUACAGAAGGAUAAGAAAGCACCCCAAGAUAAAGCCAGAAGGAGUUUCAAAACGUACCAGUGGCAAGGAUUACAUCAACAAACCUGAAGGCAAGAAGAUUGAGCUCCCCCAGUUUGAGUUCUAUAGAUUGGUGCAAGCCACCAAUAACUUUUCCCCUGAAAACAAACUUGGAGAGGGUGGCUAUGGUCCUGUUUACUUGGGUGUGCUAGAAGAGGGACAGGAAAUCGCCGUGAAGCGUCUCUCCAAAUCUUCGGAACAAGGCGCCGACCAAUUCAGGAACGAAGCUCGAUGUAUAGCUCAACUUCAGCAUCGGAAUCUUGUAAAGCUUCUAGGGUGUUGUGUUGAAGGGGAAGAGAAGAUCCUGAUUUAUGAAUAUAUGCGUCAUGGUAGCCUAGAUUACUGGAUAUUCGAUCGAAGCAGAAGCGCCAAGCUCGACUGGCCUAAACGCCUCAACGUAAUUCAGGGAAUUUCUAGAGGGCUUCUCUACCUUCACGAAGAUUCCCAACCCAGAAUCGUACACAGAGACCUGAAAGCAAGCAACAUUCUGCUGGACGCCGAUCUUAAACCGAAGAUCUCAGAUUUUGGGAUAGCAAGAAUCUUUGGAGGGAACAAAACUGAAGACAGGACAAGAAUGGUAGUCGGAACUCAGGGAUACAUAUCUCCGGAAUACGCAGGAGGCGGGACAUUCUCCAUAAAAUCAGAUGUAUUCAGCUUUGGAGUUUUAGUGCUGGAAAUUAUCUGUGGGAGGAAAAACAGGACAUUUAAUUACGAAGGCUACCCCAUCAAUCUUCUGGGUUAUGCCUGGAUGCUGAACAGGGAUGGAAAGGCACUGGAAUUAGUGGACCCGAAUCUGGGCAAUUCUUAUUGUUCGUCAGAAGUGAUUCGAGCAGUUAAGGUGGGAUUAUUGUGCGUUCAACAAAGUCCGGAAGAUAGGCCUGAUAUGUCUUGUGUAGUCAACAUGUUGGGAAACGAAGUAGUAAUUCCAGAGGCUGCACAACCUGGGUUUUACGUGGAAAGAGUCGUAACCCACCCUGAAUUCACCAUGAUCACCACCAUCGAACCAAGAUGA